UGUGCUCGGAGGUUAGAGGGGCAGAGAGGGGCGGGCGCUUUAGGCAGAGGGAACAGCAUUGCACAUGCCUGCAUCAGGAGGGUGGAGGGCAAGUUCAAGUGAGGUUUCACUUUAGCUGGAAUUUAGGGCUUUAAUUCUAGUGUCUCUGGUGCCAUCCUAUUUUAUUUUAUUUUUUAUUUUUUUAUUUUUUAUUUUUUUUGCCACGGCGCGGGGCUUGGAGGCUCUUAGUUCCACCACCAGGGAUCAAACCAGGGCCCUGGUAGUGAAAGCACUGAGUCCUAACCGCUGGACCGCCAGGGAAUUCCCGCCAUUCUAUUUUAUGUAUUUCACGUGUUCUUUGAGACACUACAACACACUAGAGGGCACUGUUGUUUUUUUUUUUUUGAAUCCCCAAUUUGUACCAGCAAAAAUGAUUCCCUAACUUUGCAAAUUAGGUAUUUCCAUCAGGGAGGAUUUCUGCAAUGAAAGUUACAACGAUUCUAUUACCCAAUGUUUCCUACCUUUCGCUCAAAAUAAUUUUUUUUAAAGGGUAACUCUUUGAAGGCUAUUGCUUUUUACUCCAACAUGGCACAGUAGUGCCUCCUGAGUUUAAUAAAUCUGACAAAAAUUUACUGAACAGCGACUAAGAAGACAUAGUUCUACCCUCAUAGAGGUAAUAGGUUGGGGACGCGGAACAGACAUUGACAGGUAAUUACACGCGAUGAGGGUUAGGAAGGGGACACACAAGGCACCGUGGGAAGACACAGCUGAGGGUCCCAAAAGAGACUGGGGAGAGCUGGUCAGAGGAGGCCUCCCUGACUGAGGUUUAAGCUGAGUUCCGAGGAAUGAGAAGUUUGCUAAGUGAAGGGGGGAGAAGAGUGAUGCAGGAGGGAAACAGCGUGUGAAGAGGCCCAGAGGCUGGGGAGAGCCCAAAGAGCAGAGGCGCAAAGGGAUGUGACUGCAGAGUGUGCCUGGCCGGAAAUGGAGUUGGAAAGAUUGGAAGCAGACUCCUCUGGAAGCAGAAGUCGGUGGAAGUUGUGUUUCCAUGGAGACCCAAUCACAUCCAACCAGGCUGUGAUCAAAUGCAGCCACAGUGAUGCGGAGCUGCCAUCACUAAAUUGAGAGUCUCAUUUUCAGCUUCUGCCAGAGCCAGUAGCAGUUGGGAAAGAAGGCUGUGCUCUUUGAAAAAGAGAAGGGCCCCGAGUGCACAGCUUCAGUGUUAACAGGGAAAGGCCAUGUGGCAGGCUCUGGUCUCUGGGUGAAAGUGUGUUACCCUCCCUGGUGACACAAAGGUCAGCUCUCCUUCCCGACGUCCCCUUGUGUCAGACUGUGCUGCAGAGCCGCUGAAAUCACUUCUUUAACACUGGGGAGCCUCACUUGAUGCAACAGCCCCUGCAGGUGUCAGCCAGCCCUACAGAGCAGGAUGGACCUUGACGUGGUUAACAUGUUUGUGAUUGCGGGCGGGACGCUGGCCAUCCCCAUCCUGGCGUUUGUAGCCUCGUUCCUCCUGUGGCCUUCGGCGCUGAUAAGAAUCUAUUACUGGUACUGGCGGAGGGCACUGGGCAUGCAGGUCCGCUAUGUGCGCCACGAAGACUAUCAGUUCUGCUACUCCUGCCGCGGCAGGCCUGGCCACAGACCUUCCGUCCUCAUGCUCCACGGAUUCUCUGCCCACAAGGACAUGUGGCUUAGCGUGGUCAAGUUCCUUCCAAAGAACCUGCACUUGGUCUGCGUGGACAUGCCAGGACAUGAGGGCACCACCCGCUCCGCCCUGGAUGACCUGUCCAUAGACGGGCAAGUCGAGAGGAUACACCAGUUUGUAGACUGCCUCAAGCUGAACAAGAAACCCUUCCACCUGAUAGGCACCUCCAUGGGCGGCCACGUGGCCGGGGUGUAUGCGGCUUACUACCCAUCGGACGUCUGCAGCUUGUCUCUUGUGUGCCCAGCUGGUCUGCAGUACUCAACUGAUAACCAGUUCGUACAACGGCUCAAAGAACUGCAGGAGUCGGCCGCCGUGGAGAAGAUCCCCCUGAUCCCGUCCACUCCAGAAGAGAUGAGUGAAAUGCUCCAGCUCUGCUCCUAUGUCCGCUUCAAGGUGCCCCAGCAGAUCCUGCAAGGCCUUGUCGACGUCCGCAUCCCUCAUAACAACUUUUACCGAAAGUUGUUUUUGGAAAUCGUCAGUGAGAAGUCGAGAUACUCCCUCCAUCAGAACAUGGACAAGAUCAAGGUCCCGACGCUGAUCAUCUGGGGGAAGCAAGACCAGGUGCUCGAUGUGUCUGGGGCGGAUGUGUUAGCCAAGUCAAUCGCCAACUGCCAGGUGGAGCUCCUGGAAAACUGUGGGCACUCGGUGGUGAUGGAGAGACCCAGGAAGACAGCCAAGCUCAUCGUCGACUUCCUAGCUUCUGUGCACAACACAGACAACAGCAAGAAGCUGGACUGAGGCCCCGCCGGCAGCCUGCACUCCGCACCCAGCAUCCACUCCCAUCUCCAGAAUCUGACGCAGCCACCUCUUCUCAGGGAUCCUGCCCCAAAUGCGGUGGAAGCGCCAGAGUCCCUGAGGAAGCCAGUCCCCCAGCCCCAGUCUCUACAGAUCUACAGAGCUUCGGGGGCCACAAGGAAAUCUCCAAGGUGUUUUUCACAAAAUGCAAAUUCACAUGGAACAAAAUAAGACAACCCGUCCAUGAAAUCUACCCGGAAGUCUCCAGGCUCAUGUUGCACAGUGCCCACGUCGGACCUUAACCACCUAGGACGUUUUCUUUAAGAUGUUCCUCACAGACUGAGACUCAAGGCAUUUCUCUUGCUUCUGACAUCCUCCCGUGCAUGGUCAGUGGCUGUUUUAGGAGUGUUAGUCCCCAUCACCAAGCCCCUCUUGUUUAUGUCUAAUUUAAGUUUUACGUAGAGUCCCAUAUGUGAAUGUAACCUGUCAACUGCAAGACCACGGAGGAACAUAGCAGGCUGUAGAAAGUAUUUACACUCGCAGAAGGGCGUGUUCUGCCUCUGCUGGCCUUCAGGUCACUGGAGAACACAAGUGGGCGAUUUGACCAGCACCCCCAUGUCAGGUAUGACUCGAGUGAACCCAGGACAGCUGCAGUACAAAGAACACCUGGCAGGGUGGGUUUCCUGGGGAUAAUUUAUUAUUUUUAAAAAUAGGACUAAUAAAGCAAUAAUGUUCUAGACAUCUAUGUGAAUAAAAUCAGACUCGGGUUCCACUUCCAAGCACCUCUUUUCUAUCUUGCUGUGCUACUGAAAACCCUUGGAUGUAAAAUACUAGUUUGUUAAUGAAUUCUGUGAAUUCUGUGAACAAUAAUGUGAUUGAAAAUAAAUCUAAACCGCUGUAAAAGUGACCACAAUGACAAAAUAAAUUUAAUGCCUAGAUCA